AUGGGCGAUUCCUUCAGCUCCGCUCCAUCUCUCCUAGCCAAUGGCCUAAUAUCAAGCUCGGCACUCUUCAAUUCAGUUCCCAAGCAGCAAACUUUACUUACACUGACAACAAUCAAUGGUGGGCAAGACCGAACUCCUGGUUCACCAGAAACAGACAGCAGCACAAGCAGAUGUGCAACAGUAACCACAAGCUUGGUUGGAGCUUCGUUCUUGGAGCGGCUCUUUCCUCUUCUAUCACCUCGGUCAAGUCUCCUUGACAACAGUGGCUGCUUAGAGAAGGACACUUCUCCCGCAGCAGAUGCACAAAAUAUAUAUUUGCUACAUGAAAGCAACGGCAGUCUUGUAAAAAGACCACUGCUGACGCUUGGAGAGAUGAUAAUGAUGAGCCGAAGAAUGAGUUACAAAAGGAAAGCAAAUAAAAUUCAUAAACAGCCAUCCAGGGAUCUUAUUAAGGGGAAUGCAUUGGGUUGCUGCAUCUUUGGACCUGGCAAAGGCAUCACUGGAUUGCACAGGAAGUGGAAGAGAAAGCUGCAACUAAAACUGAUGUAG